CAGGUUUUAUAAACGCCAGUAGUUUCUUCAUUUCUUGGUAAGCUUGGAUCAUAAUCUUCUUAAGAAACUCAAAAAAAAAAAAAAAAGAUGUUUCUAGCAGAAGAUUUGCUUUGCAAACCCCAUGUUUUCAUGUGAUUUAUUUAAGGAAUUUAAAGAAAGAAUAGGAAACCAUGGAUCUGUGGCAAGUUUUCUGCGGAGAAAAGGCGUGUAGUAUCUGCAUCGGCCACAUACUGAUCAUUUCUGCAAAUGUUUUGCUUCUGCUAUUUCUUGCAUAUCUGCACUACUCUCACAAGCUUUCGUCGAGAAAGAAUUUGGUGUCUGGAACUGCAAGCAACUCGAGAUUGCUGCAGGUGUGUUCCUGCAGUUUGAAUGGCGGUUUAGGUGCGGGCUACUUUUGCUUGGCAGUUUGGGAAGUUGUCAAGAAUUCGAGUGUUUUACCUCUGCAUUCAUGGUUAAUGUUGGCGUUACAAGGAUUCACAAUGCUGUUUCUGGGGUUGUCUGUCAGCAAGAAGAAACAGUCCACCUUAAUUUCCUCAGUGGUGAAAUUGUGCUUUUUGGAGGCCUUAGUGGUUGGAUUUCUCUGCUUCUUGUCUAUCUGGGAAGUGAUUUCGAACAAGGUUGUGUAUGUUGAAUCAGUUCUCGACAUUUUAUCGCUUCCCGGGAUGGUUCUUCUGCUCAUCUCUGCAUACAAGGAGGAGCAAAGGAUGUCAGAAACAGAUGAUUGUUACUAUGAAGCGCUUGAAGAACAACAGAAUGUAACUGCAUUUGCAAAAGCCGGGGUUCUAAACAAGAUGACGUUUUGCUGGUUAAGCGCGGUGUUGAAGAAAGGCAAGGAGAAAACUCUAGGCGAUGGCGACAUCCCAGAGCUGAGAUCGGAUGAUCAGGCCGGGACAUUGAACUGUUUGUUUAAGGAGCAAAUGAACAGACAGAAACAGGCUAAUCCUAGUUUUCGGCCUUCUGUUUUCUCGUCGAUAGUUGCUAGUCAGCGGAGAGCUCUUAUUGUUUCGGGAACAUUUGCACUUGUUAAGAUCCUGACAGUGUCCACAGGGCCACUGUUUCUUUAUGAAUUCAUAGAAGUUGCAAAUGGGAGAGGGGGGUUUGAAUAUGAAGGCUAUGCUCUCACUUUAGGGAUUCUUGUUGCAAAAUUCAUAGAAUCACUAGCAGAAAGGCAGUGGUUUUUCAGGACUAGACUGAUUGGCCUGCAAAUAAGAUCACUGUUAACUGCAGCCAUCUAUGAGAAGCAACUUAGGCUUUCGAACACUGCUAAAACCACUCAUUCGCCCGGGGAAAUAAUGAAUUAUGCCACGGUUGAUGCCUACAAAAUCGGGGAGUUCCCGUUUUGGUUCCACCAGAUUUGGACAACAGGCAUUCAGAUUUGUUUUGGACUAGGUACCAUGUACUAUGCUGUCGGGCUGGCAACGAUCCCGGCUGUGCUGUUGGUGGCGCUGAGCGUUUUGGUGAAUUCUCCGGUCGCCAAAUUACAGCACAAGUAUUUGACAAAGCUUAUGGUAACACAGGACAGAAUGCUGAGGGCUAUAACAGAAGCAUUAACAAGUAUGAAAGUGUUGAAACUCUAUGCUUGGGAGAUGCAUUUCAAGAAUGGAAUAGAAGGGCUGAGAAAAGAAGAGUUCAGAUGGCUAAAAUUGGUUCAAGUUCAGAAGGGCUAUUACAUGGUUCUGUUCUGGUCAUCUCCCAUCAUUGUUUCAGCAGUCACAUUCUGGGCUUGCUAUGCUCUCCGAAUCCCUCUCAACGCUACCAAUGUCUUCACAUUUCUCGCCACUUUUCGGAUCAUUCAGGAGCCUAUAAGGUCAGUCCCUGAUGUCCUCGGAGUAUUCAUUGAAGCCAAGGUUUCGUUCACCCGGAUUCUCAAGUUCCUCGAGGCACCCGAGUUACACAACGAGAAGAAAUAUCGUGAUCAAGAACCAGACUACUCAGUUCUCGUGAAAUGCAACCGAAUCUCUUGGGAUGACUGUUCUGUAACACCAACACUAGAAGGCAUAAAUCUUUGUGUUAAACCUGGCCAGAAGGUAGCCAUCUGUGGAGAGGUUGGCUCGGGUAAAUCGACUCUAAUUGCAGCAAUUCUCGGAGAGGUUCCAUUUAUCGAUGGCACUGUUCAAGUUCAUCAUGGGAAGCUCACAUAUGUGUCUCAAAAUGCAUGGAUCCAAACCGGGACGAUUCAAGACAACAUUUUAUUUGGUUCCAUCAUGGAUCAACUAAAAUACGACGAGGUAAUCAAGAGGUCUUCUCUGGAGAAGGACCUUCAAAUGCUUCCUUUUGGCGACCAAACAGUGAUAGGCGAACGAGGAGUUAAUCUAAGCGGGGGGCAGAAGCAGAGAGUUCAGCUGGCACGAGCAUUAUAUCAGGAUGCAGACAUCUAUCUACUCGAUGAUCCAUUCAGCGCUGUCGAUGCACACACCGCCACAAAUUUAUUCAACGUAAAACACUCAAUCCUUAACGAAAACAAACAAACUGUUCUCAUUUUCUGCAAGCUAAAAAUGGAUUGUUUUUGUCAGGAAUAUGUAAUGGGAGCUCUUUCAAGAAAGACAGUCUUACUAGUAACUCAUCAAGUUGACUUCCUUCCAGCGUUCGAUUCUAUUUUGUUAAUGUCUGAAGGGAAGAUCCUAAAAGCAGACACCUAUGAUCAGUUACUGAUCUCUUGUCAAGAAUUUCAUAGCCUUGUCUGUGCACACAGAGAGACAGCAAAUUCUGAGAAGAAUGGAGGGUAUAGUACACAAAAGAAAUCCAUAAACCGCGAAGAAGAAAGCAUUCAAAACAUAAUUUCAGAAGAUCAGCAAAUAGAAUCUAAAGGGGAGCAGUUGAUCAAGCAAGAAGAAAGAGAAACAGGAAACACUGGUCUAAAGCCUUAUAAGCAGUACCUAGGCGAAAGCCACGGCUUCUUUUACCUGUUAGUAGCGAUAAUCGCCCACUUGGCGUACAUGGUUGGGCAGCUGGAGCAGAAUCUAUGGCUAGCAGCGGAUUUGCAGAACCCCGAGAUGAGCAAAUUGAACCUUAUACUCAUAUACUCAGCCAUAGGAUUUGGCAUGUCAUUGACCUUGUUCCUUAGGUCAUAUGCUAUAAUUUCCUUAGGCUUAAGGAGAUCAAUAUCUAUAUUUGCUAAGCUAAUGGCCUCUCUUAUUCGAGCCCCGAUGUCCUUCUAUGAUUCUACCCCCCUCGGGAGAAUACUCAGCCGGGUAUCGUUGGAUCUGAGUGUCGUGGACCUCGAUUUGUCUUUUAGGUUCAGUCAAGCUGUUUCGGCCACCCUGACAACAUAUUUUAGCCUGGGAGCAUUGGCUGCUCUUACCUGGCCAAUCUUAAUACUCAUCAUUCCAACAGUUUAUGUCACAAUCCUCUUACAGAGAUUCUACUUUGCAACUGCAAAAGAGCUCAUGAGGAUCGACGGGACAACAAAGUCUUCGGUGGCUAGCCAUCUGGCUGAAUCCAUUGCAGGAGCAACAACGAUUAGAGCAUUCGGGGAGGAGGAAAGAUUCUGCUCGCAACAUAUGCACCUUAUUGACAAGAAUGCAAGUUCGACUUUCCACAGCUUUUCAGCCACUGAAUGGCUGAUCCAACGCCUCGAAACAAUAUGCGCGAUUGUUCUAUCAUCCUCGGCUUUAGCCAUGACUUUACUCCCUUUCGAAGCCUCUAAAUCAGGAUACAUUGGCAUGGCUCUAUCGUACGCUCUCUCGUUGAACAUAAACCUGGUUUAUGCAGUCCAGAAUCAGUGCGCGCUAGAAAAUUCGAUUGUAUCAGUGGAACGGCUAGAACAGUACAUGAAUAUUCCCAGUGAGGCCCCUGAAAUAAUAGAAGGCAAUCGACCUGCACCCGAAUGGCCUUCCAUUGGUAAAGUGGAGAUUCAUGAUCUCAAGGUCAGAUAUCGAGACAAUGCGCCUCUGGUUCUCCAAGGCAUUAGCUGCACAUUUGAAGGAGGCUACAAAGUUGGGAUUGUAGGCAGGACAGGAAGUGGGAAAACAACUCUCAUCAGUGCCCUCUUUCGCCUCGUGGAGCCUACCGAGGGCAAGAUCAUCAUAGAUGGCCUAAACAUCUCUGCAGUCGGGGUCCACGACCUCCGCUCAUCCCUGGCAAUCAUCCCACAAGACCCCACGCUCUUCAGCGGGACAAUCAGACACAACCUAGACCCCUUGUCAGACCACACCGAUGACCAAAUUUGGGAGGUUCUUGCAAAAUGUCAGCUCAGAGAUGCAGUUCAACAGAAGGAUGCUGGACUCGACUCCCCAGUGCUACAAGACGGAUCAAACUGGAGCAUGGGACAACGACAACUAUUCUGCCUAGGACGGGCGCUGCUAAAACGAAGGAAGAUCCUAGUCCUAGACGAAGCUACUGCAUCAAUAGACAACACAACUGAUUCAAUAAUCCAGAAAACAAUAAGAACAGAGUUUGCAGAUUGCACUGUGAUCACAGUAGCUCAUAGAAUACCUACUGUCAUGGACUGCACAAUGGUUCUUGCUAUAAGUGAUGGGAAGCUGGUAGAGUAUGACAGACCAAUGAAGCUUAUAAAUGAAGAAGGGUCAUUGUUUGGGCAGCUUGUUAAGGAGUACUGGUCCCGUUCUGGAAACAUGUAGGCCAAAACAGCAAAAAAAUUAAAAAUGCAGUACAAACAACAAAUGGUGUGCCUAAAUAUUUGAGUUUUGUUUUUGAAAGGGUAUUCAAUAUACAAUAUAUUCUUUGGUUAUAAUAGAAUCUUGUAUGGGUUUUUGACAUUCAACAAUAAUAAUGUGGUCCACCAAAACCACAUUUUCAAACAAAUCA